AAAAAUUCACUUCGAUAGAAUUCCAACAACAAAAUCCCGACAACCAAAAUCCGAAUUAAACGCAGGAACAACGAGAAAAACCGCCGCGAUUUUCCGCCAUGUCGAAGCACAAGGAAAACCGCUGGUCGAAUUACGCGCUGCGCGUCAUCAUCAACACCGUGUCCCAUCCGUUCGAAUACGCCAAAGUCCUCAUACAGAUCGGUUACGAACCGAUUCCGCCCAGACCGGCCAAAACGCUGUUCGGAAAACCCGCCCUCAAACUGCCCAACAUCUUCGAAUACGUGAAAUACAUAAAGAGCGUAGACGGCUUCGCCGGGUGCUACGCCGGCUUGGGGCCCAAAGUCUGCGGUAACUUGAUGUCUGCCCUGGCCUCGCAGAGGCUCCUGGAUUAUUUGGAGCCGCCCAACGAGGACGAUUUCGAGGAGGAGCCCACCGAAGAGCAAAGGAGAAAAAACUUUGUGAAAAUUUUGAAAUGCGACAUUAUGACUCACACGGCGGCCAUUUUGAUUAGUCAACCGUUUCACGUCGUCACCGUCAGAAUGAUGGCCCAAUUCAUCGGUAGAGAGACCAAAUACAACGGCAUUUUCAGCUCGGUGAAGGAAAUUUACCGGGAAAACGGAACGUUCGGUUUCUUCGGUGGCCUCGUACCGAGGCUAUUGGGCGACAUUUUAUCACUUUUAUUGGCAAGCGGUCUUACUUAUGCAAUAAAUAAUUUCAUUAUUGAAGAGAAGGAUUUGAAAGUGUACACUUCAGCUAGUAUGACGUUUUUAGCCACCGCCGUCACCUACCCGUUUCAAGUAAUCUCCAAUUGCAUGGCGGUGACGAACAGCGGCCUCAGGGCCGGCUCGCCCGAUUUCAUGCCCCACUACAUCGAUUGGAUCGAUUGCUAUCGCGAUUUGUCGGCCAAGCGACAGCUGAAGCGCGGCUCUUCGCUAUUGGUCCGCUACUACGCCGGACCGGCCAUCGUGAUUGGCGGGAAACCGGUGGCGUUUCCGCGCCAAGAUGGCGGUUUAGGAGGGGGCGGUGGAGGUGGAGGGGCGGCGGCUCGCCGAUCGGCGGCGGCGUAGG